AAUAGAAUAUGCAGGACGGAAUAUUGGGUUUUCACCCAGUUUAAAGAAUGAGGAGAUUCUCCGUGAUAGAUUAAUGGCAGUCUCAAUUCCCAACUAUCUUUUUCACUUCACGUUCUCUCUGCCUCUUUCUAUUUCGUCGCGCAUUGCCUGAAAAGCCAGCGCCCCUUUUCAUCUUUUGCUUUCUUUUAAUCGCUUUCUCCCUCUGUUUUGCUUUUUACGUUACCUCUGAUUCUUGCACACCACGCUGCUCGAAAGGAAGCGAAGUUUGACUCUCUCUCUCUCUGUUUCUUAUAAAUAUAUACAGCUCCAGAAGUCGAGGACUCACUUCAUCUUGCACAGAAUCAUGGGAACAUCCCAAAAAGCUUUUUGAAUCAUGGGUUCCUUUGAUUACUCAAUGCACAGCUUCACUAAUUUGUUCUUUGAAGACCCUUCUUCCCAUGGCCAUGGGCGCUCUGCUGCUCACUUUCUCCUUGAACCCAAUUUAGCGCAUGGCCUAUCUGGUCUGGCUCACCUGGUAUUGUUGCUUGUUAUUUGCUUAUUGUGGGUGUGCUUGAAGUUGAAGGCAGGUAGUGGGGAGUGUCAAAGACAGACGAGGUGUUUGUACUAUAAGGGAACGUUCAUAUGCUGCCUUCUUAUCUCUGUUUUCAAUCUUGUUUUCUUCUCUCUUGACUGCUUUUACUGGUACAGAAAUGGGUGGUCUGAGGAAAAUCUGGUGUCCCUUUUGGAUUUUGCGCUGAAAACACUUGCAUGGGGCAUUGUUUCGUCUUACUUCCACUGUCAAGUUCGCAAAUCUGGAAAAUUAAAGUUUUCAAUUCAUUUGAGAGUCUGGUGGGUUUCUUACCUUGCUGUUUCUUGUUACUGCCUUGUUGUGGACUCAGUUCUCUAUAGACAAACCCAUUCCUUGCCUGUUAGAUUCUUGGUUUCUGAUGUUAUGUCGGUCGUCUCUGGUUUGUUGACCAUAUAUUUUGGGUUCUUUGGGAAGAGCGUGAGUGAAAAUAACACUCUUGAAGAACACCUUUUAAAUGGUGAAACAAGAUCUACUGCUCUCAGUAAUGGCAGCCUCGAGCCGAAGAAGUGCAGAGGAGAUGAAACUGUGACCCCUUACGAUACUGCUGGAAUUUUCAGUAUCCUUUCAUUCUCUUGGAUCGGUCCUCUGAUUGCAACUGGAAAUAAGAUGGCAUUAGACCUUGAGGAUAUUCCUCAACUUGCAAGUCGGGAUGCCGUUUCCGGGACCUUUCAGGUUCUCAGAAACAAACUUGAGUCAGAGUGUGGAACAAUCAACAGAGUCACUACCCUUUCUCUAGUCAAGGGAUGGGAGAUGAAGUUUCUAUCUAAGAUAUCAGAACUUAGGAAUAUUGAGGCAGGAUGGUUGAAGAAGUUUCUUUAUACAAUGUCGGUGACCACGUUCGUCUUUUGGGGUGCUCCGACAUUUGUGUCUGUCGUUUCUUUCGGGACUUGUAUUCUUGUGGGGAUCCCAUUAGAAUCAGGCAAAGUCUUAUCUGCACUUGCAACAUUUAGGAUUCUUCAAGAAACAAUUAACAAUCUUCCUGACACAAUCUCAAUGGUGGUUCAAACCAAGGUUUCACUUGAUAGAAUAGUGUCAUUCCUUCGUCUCGAUGACUUGCAGUCUGAUAUUAUAGAGAGGCUUCCAACGGGUAGUUCUCCGACAGCAGUUGAGAUUGUUAAUGGGAACUUUUCUUGGGAUUCAUCUUCUUCGAACCCCACACUGCGAGAUAUCAAUAUCAAAGUGGAACAUGGCAUGAGAGUUGCUGUUUGUGGUACGGUAGGCUCAGGCAAGUCUAGCUUGCUAUCUUGCAUCCUGGGAGAGGUACCUAAAAUAUCCGGGAACCUGAGGGUGUGUGGUGCUAAGGCCUAUGUUGCUCAGUCGCCAUGGAUACAGAGUGGAAAGAUUGAAGAGAACAUACUUUUUAGCAAAGAGAUGGACAGAGAAAGGUACAAAAAAGUUCUUGAAGCAUGUUGCCUAGAAAAGGACCUUGAAGUUCUUGCAUUCGGCGAUCAGACGGUAAUAGGAGAAAGAGGAAUCAAUUUAAGUGGUGGACAGAAGCAAAGAAUUCAAAUAGCCCGUGCCUUAUACCAAGAUGCCGAUAUCUACUUGUUUGAUGAUCCUUUUAGUGCAGUUGAUGCUCACACAGGUUCUCACCUCUUCAAGGAAUGUUUGCUUGGUCUUUUAAGUUCUAAAACAGUUAUUUAUGUAACUCAUCAAGUAGAAUUUUUACCAGCUGCUGAUAUCAUCUUGGUCAUGAAAGAUGGAAGAAUCGCUCAAGCUGGAAAGUACAACGAAAUUCUCAGUUCUGGAACUGACUUUAUGGCACUUGUUGGUGCACAUGAGGAAGCUUUAUCAGCCAUUAUUUCUGUGCAAGGAGACGCAUCUGAAAAAUCUGCUAGCAAGGAAGAUGGGUCUAUGCCAAGUACUAAUGGCAUUGCAAAUGAAGAAGAUAAAACAGAUAUACAAGAUGGGAAAGUAGUUGAUGCCAAUAAGUGGAAAGUUAGUGAGAAUGGAGAGAACUGGAGCAUGGGUCAGAGGCAGCUCGUUUGCCUCGGUCGCGUGCUGCUCAAGAAGAGUAAGGUGCUGGUCCUUGACGAAGCCACUGCAUCGGUCGAUACUGCUACAGAUAAUUUGAUUCAACAGACUCUCCGAGAACAUUUCUCUAACUGCACAGUCAUUACCAUAGCACAUCGCAUCACUUCUGUCCUUGGCAGUGACAUGGUUUUGCUUCUAAGUCACGGACUCAUUGAGGAGUAUGAUACUCCCACGAGAUUGUUAGAAGACAAGUCAUCCUCAUUUUCUCAGCUAGUUGCAGAGUACACACAGAGGUCGAGUUCUCGAUGAAAACCAAGGCGGAUUACUGAAUCAUAUACCUUACCGAUGAACCGGUUGUCGAUGAUGGUGAAAACGGAAGAUCUUCUGAAGAUCUUGGUUUGGAAUCUUAGAUUAGGUACUAGAAUAACAUAUAAAGUUAAAUAUGUGUUAGCUUUUACUUCUCGAUUAGUUUGUACUAGCUUUUCUGCUUUUAUGUGUGUGAAUUACAAAAGACUUUGAACUGCAUGAAUUACUUCAGUUAAUAUUGUUUUCCUAAAGAUA